CGACGUGAAUGCAUUGUGGACGGCCUGAUGUCACUAGCGGCAAAAUCACGAACGCAAGGAACGAAAAGGUGGCUCGAGAAGUGGAGUGGUCGAUGGAAUGCAGCUGACACUGAAGAGGACAUGGCCGCAGUGGUGAACAGCAAAGACGACUGGGAGAAGCUACGGUCCUUGAAGUACGGAGCAGAUGAACUAUUGCACUUGUGUGACCCUAGUCUCCGCACAGUGGGAGCAAUUCAUCUGCUCUGCGCGGAGAUGUAUGCAGAAGAAGAACGUGCGUUGACAGGCAUAGAGGUCUCAGACGAUGUUAGCACACCAGCUAAGGUGAGGCUUCACCUAAAAGUGUUGCAGAAAAAUACGGACUACCAUACAGCGCUCAGCGGUUCUCACCAGGAAGUUAACUGGGCUCAAGUGAGCGACUUUUUCGUGAAUGCUGUAGCGCAGAUUGAAGGCGAUGACAGUCAAUCCUAUUAG